ACUCAUCCCUCCAAACAUCUUCACAAUGGCACCCCACUUUUUGAUUCUCGUCAUGCUGGCUGCCUUGUUGAAAGGUGGCCUCUCCCAGAUAGUCCUGACCCAAUCAGAUCCAGUGCUGAAGAAACCAGGAGAAUCCCACAAACUGGCUUGCGCUGUCACUGGAUUCAAUGUUAACAGCUACAAUAUGUAUUGGGUCAGACAGAAACCUGGCCAAGGACUAGAAUGGAUUGUUUACUAUUACUCAUCCAGUGACAACUCUUAUUCACCGACAAUCCAAGGAUGGUUUAUUGCCUCCAAGGACAGUUCCAACUUCUAUCUGCAAAUGAACAACCUAAAAGCUGAUGACACAGCUGUCUAUUACUGUGCAAGCGACACAUUUGGUAUGGUUUACCUUAUCCAUUAUGCACCGGCCGUCCCCAACCUGAUCCAAAGGCAGGAGUUUUAUAAAUGGGACCAGAAAGAAGGGGGAAGCAUUGGAGACUUCGUAGAGGCUCUGGGGAAUAUGGGAGACAGAGACUGCCCAAGCCUGCUGGGACUGGAGUGGUUCGUGCCAUUGGGGAUUGAGGUGACAGGCAUCAAUCGCAUCACCGAGGCAGACUGGGAGGAGAGCCUAAUGUGGGACUUCCAGGAUGUAUUCGACAGGAAGCUAGGCAAGUACUGUGGGUCCCCUAUUUCAUUUAAUCUGAACCUGAACAUAGCCCUGAUCCGUUUAAAGCUGAGUCCCUUUCGCCCUCAAACCAAAGAUCGAUGA